AUGCUGUUAGUUAGUUAGUUAAUAUACAUACAUUUAUUACAAAGAACUGAAGUUCAAAGAGUGUUUCAAUUUCAAACUGAAAUCAUUCAAACUAUGCGGAUUACCUUAAUUGAUUUGUUGAUUGAUUUAUGCAUUCAUUUUUAGUUGAUGGAUGAGACGUUUGAAUCUUUCGAUCAUUUAUAUUGA